UUUCUUUAUGCAACUUACAUUGCCCCAUCUGCCAAUAUGGACAUUGGACUCCGUCAAAAUAAGAAAUAUGAGAUUUAUAAGAAUAUUGACCCAGCCUUUGAGGAUCUUUUUGACCCAGCAGAAGAAUAUAUUCUCACUCUUCUGCUGGAACCAUGGACGAAGAUGGUAGAAGAAGACAGAUGCACUUAUGAAAAGGUGGAGCUGGUGGAAGAAACUCGACAGCUGGACUCCGUGUACUUUAGAAAGCUCCAGGCUUUGCAUCAAGAGAGUGUUUCCAAGAAGGAUGAGAGCGCUGCAGCUGACACCGAUCUGCCAACCAGCCCUGAUGUUCUCCAAAAAGAUGAACACUUGUAUCAAGUUCCACAAGAGCUGGCAGGUCCUAAUCUGGGUGACUUGAUCCACGACAAACUGAAGUUAGAACAGUUCCGUGUUUUUCUUGAUGAGCAUUCUGCUGGCACGGAUCUCAAGUGUUGGCUAGACAUUGAACAGUUCAGAAGGAUGCUCCACAAGGACAAAGAAAAAAGGGAGGAAAAAUCUAAGGACAUUAAAAACAAGUACCUCAACAAGAAGUACUUCUUUGGGCCCAAGAGCCCUGCCACAAAGGAACAACAGGAACAGCUAAUGCGUUCAGGUGGAGGAUGGGGACAGAUCCUUCAUGAUCAGGUUUCUCCAGAAAUUCUGCUAGAAAUUCAGCAGUACGUCCAGAAGAGAUUAGAAAAACAAUGGUUGCCAUUGUUCCUGGCGGAUGAACGACAUGAGGUGGAUGAAAAAGCAAAGAUAAGGGACAUAGUUGAAGAUCUCCUAAUCCAGAAGAAGAAGACAACUAGGAUGUGGAAGCAUGUGGACAAUAAGUGGGUUUCUUCAUCUAGGGAAAUUAUUGCUUUCCGCAAAGCGCUGUUGAAUCCAGUGACAGCAAAUCAGUUUCAACGCUUUGUGUCACUGAAGGGAGACCUGCUGGCGAACGGAGUGCGCUUUUGGCAGGAGGUGCAGAAGUACAAGGACUUGUGCCAUUCUCAUUGUGAUAAUGCCACAAUCCAGAAUAAAAUCACAACUAUUAUCAACUGCUUUAUUAAUUCUGCUGUGCCACCAGCUCUGCAGAUUGACAUCCCAACUGAACAGGCAGAGAAGAUUCUGGAGCACAGGAAGGAACUAGGACCCUAUGUUUUUAGAGAGGCACAGAUGACUAUUUUUGCACUUCUGUUUAAAUUUUGGCCAAAUUUUUGUGAGUUCCGAAGCAACCUGGCUACUGACAAUAUUCUACCUGCCUUGGAAAGAAAAAAAGAAAGACUGAUGCAAAAGAAGAGAGGCAAAACAGCAGAGGGUAAAGGAGAGGAGAAAAAGGUUCCCAGUCGGUCAGGCAGUGUUUUCAGUGGUGUGGAGAGAAGACGAGCAUCAUCUCCAUUUGGAUACAUGCAGCAG